AUGCCAGCCCUGAUCGCCAUCCUCCCGCAACCCGAAGCCCUCCACACGCGCGUCCUCCUCGCCUACUCCAACUCCCUCGCGCUCCUCUGGGACCUCCACGCCCUCCGCGUCCUCGCCACGCGCGGCGGCUCCGAAAUGCAGUGCACGCGCCUCUCAGAAGCCGGCGACCGCCUGGCAGACCUCCAAACAGGCAGGCGAAACGUCCCGAAACCCACGGAUGAAGACGAGGAGGACGACGAGGAGUGCGAUGGGCCCGAGCUGUCGUGCUUGUGCUGGGCUUGUCCGGCGGGAUCGGUGUUUGCUGCUGGGUAUACCAACGGAGAGAUUGCUCUUUGGGGGUUGCCCCACCCGCCGCUGCCCGUGGGAGCGGGAGGAGCAGCGGGAGCGGGAGUGCCGGGGAGUGCCGGGAGUGCCGGGAGGGCCGUCUCCGUUGGGGUCUUUUUCCUCGUCGGUGGUUCCGACGAUCUUGGUUUCGCUGUCGUCGUUGUCAUCUGGGGGGUUGAGUGUGCCGAUCUCGCCGUGCAGUUUGAAGGCGCUCGGCGAGGAGAUUACAUUGCAGCCGUUGGGGAGAGAGGAGGAGAAAGAGGAGAACGAGAGGCGGGGGAAAGUGGAGAGAGAGGAGGAGAGAGAGGAGGGGGGAGAUGCAUGGAGAGGGGAGGAGGGAGGCUGUACGUGUGUGGGGGGGAGAUGCCAGGGCUACUGGGGUCAGUGACUGUGGUGCAGCUGGAGGGGUUAGAGGAGGGAAUGAGGGAGAAGGGGAUGGUGAAGCUGCUGUGGUUUGGGCCCGUGGCUGAUGUCGUGGUGGCGCCUAGUGCUCUCGGCAGCACAUGUGCCUUCCUCGUGCUCACCUUCCCGAGACAGGUCCACCUGUACGACGAGCCAGGCAUGGAGCAGCACCUGCCUCUCUCUCACUUCCCGCCCCUUCCCACCCCUUCCCACUCCUUGCCGCCCCUUCCCACUCCUCGCCACCAGGUCCACCUAUACGACGAGCCCGGCAUGGAGCAGCAUCUGUGUGCGCGCUUGCUCUCCCCGUCGCCCUCCUCCCACACGCCCACUCCCCCCGACCCCGUGGCGUUUGAGAACCCGGGCUCGGCGGUUACCACCGGCAGACUCAUGCUCGCCCCCUGGGGAACCCACGCCUCUCACGUGCUCUCCCAGCUGCCCCGUGUAUCGCAGACCCGCUGUCCCUCUGCUCUCUCCCACGGCACAAAGUGGCCCGUGGCGGGUGGUUCAUUCGGCCAGCAGCCAGAGAUCUCUCCAGAGGACGGGCUGUGCCUGUACAUCUCGGGCCACCGCAACGGCGUCACUCACGUUUCCGAUGUCUCGACCCCAUUGAUCGUUCCCCUGGCAUCAGCCCCAGCUCACCUGACCCAGAAUCGCCAGCAGCCAGAGAUCUCUCCAGAGGACGGGCUGUGCCUGUACAUCUCAGGCCACCGCAACGGCGUGACCCACGUUUCCGAUGUCUCAACACCGCUGAUUGUCCCACUGGCCUCGGCUCCUGCUCACCUGAACCAGGCUGACGAUCAGCCGAGCUACACGGCUGUGGACUUCUGUGCGGUAUCAGCACUACUGCUGGUGGGGCAUGAGGACGGGCUGGUGGAGCUGUUUGAGCUGAGCACGCGCAGGAGAACGCUGUGCUGCCAGAUCAUCACUGAGAGGGGCGGAUACGAGCAGGCCACUCCGUCUGAGUGCGAAGAAGGUUUUCAGAUGGUGGCUCAGUUCCACCAGCACCGCGCCAAGGUGCGCAGCGUGGCCCUUGCAACCGGCGUGGGGCGGCUAGCGAUAGGGGACGACAACGGCAUGAUGUCGCUCAUCAACCUCGACACCUUCACCCUCAUCUGCUACCGGGAACUCCACCCCGGCAAUAGCAGGGAGGGAAAGCAACAGCUUGAGUCGAUGCUGGGAUUGGCGAGCGAGGUGAUGGCGGCGCUAGGGUUGGCGCAUCUGCUGGUGGGGCGGUCGCACGAGUGCAAGUUCCCGCCGUCGCUGCUCGCGCUGCCGUGCGUGUCGUCGCCCGCGCUGGGGCCGGAUCUUGAGCAGCAGAGCUCUGUUGGCACAGAUGAGAGCGAGCGGGCACGACAGGAGACCCCAUCAUGGCUAUCCCCUGGAGCCAUGCGGGUCUGCCCACUGUCACCAUGCCAGUCGCCCUCACACCUGCUGCAGGCGCUUCACCCAGGAGUGCUCCUGCUGGCAGCUGUAACCACUCCGCUGCCGCCUUGA